AGAAUUUGUUUUCUCUGUUUUGCCCUCGGGGCUUUGUCUCUACUUUUCUCUCUCGGAAGAUGGCUUUUGGGUCUUUUUCCUCUUCCUGUUUUUGCAGUGUCUGUGCUGAUCUGUUUCCUCUUCUGCGUUUGAUUGAUUAUCGGCAAACUCUGGUCGGUGGUCGUCGAUCAUCAAAAGGGAAAGUUGAGUUCUGCGGUUUGAGCUGACUUUUGGUGUUUUGGGUUUGCUUGCUCUACUGAGAUUUGAGCACCAAAUCCUCCAUCUCCUUUCAGAUUUCAGAUCUGAUGAUUUCCCAUCUCUUGCUUAUUUCUCUCAUCUCAAUCACAUUUCCUUUCUUGCUGCCGGCGGUAAAGGAAGAUUGAGAAAGGGGUUGAAUGAAGAGAGAAGAAAGAAGUAGGUAGAUCUACUGUGAUUAAAUCUGGGCUUGGGAGUCUGACAGGGAAAAUUUUGAGUGGUGGGGCUAGGCCGGAGGUGAGAAGAGGAGAUGAGAAAAGGGAAGAGUCAAUGGGGAAUGGGCAAUGGGUCACAGAUGGAGAAAAAUUGGAAGAGGAAGAUCGUGGGUUCAGGAAGGCUGGUCACAACUGAGGAAGAGAAAAAAAAUGAGACUCGUGGUGACUGAUUUUCCAAAUUUGAGUUUGUUGGGAGGAGAAGAGGCCCUAAACUCCUCGCAGAAGCUGAUGUGUAGGUCCAGCGCUUCCUCGGUGGAGAUGGUCGUGUGGGAUCUCUGCACUAUGUCCUUGACGGUCUAGACACAGAGGCUGCAAAUUCAGUGGCCCUGGUUGCGUUCCCAGACGUGGAAGAUGUAGGCGGAAGUGUAUUCCUCAGUGAAGCAGCAGCAAUGGCAUUUGACGGACUGGAUUUUGGUGAGAGGAGUGACUUUGGUUGACGGUGGCUGAGUCUCUGAGCUGGCGAAUGCUAUGGCUUGAGGUAGAACAUUGGAGAUUGGUGGCAAGAUAGUUUGAAAUGAUUGAGUUUUGAAAUUAAAAAUCGUUCGGGAAGAACAGGAAAAAAACGCGUUUGUACAAAAUUGUUAGGUAAAUUUUCAUUCCUUAGACAUAUUCGUUUUGUUUAUGAUUAAAAGCUAUGAUAUGGCUUUGUUUAGAUACUGUUUAGAUGAGUAAAAUUCAUAUAAUCAAGAGUUACUAAUAAUGUAAUUUUCAUUUAUUUUGUUGUAGCAUUACUCUUUUCUACUCUGUCUUAUUAUCAGUAUAUAUUGAAUAUUUUUUGGCAAAUAUAAGGUUGAUGACAGGACUUUCUUAUUAUCAUUUUUUCCCUUAUAAGGUGAGUUAUAAGCAUGAGGGAGGUGAAGAGCAAGGGGCGAUUUGGUGAAGAAAAAGGAUUAGUAGAGCCGUCAGUUGUCAGGUCAAUAUCUCACUUGCUUUUUAGUCCAAAUUUAUGUCCUUUAUGAUGGGUCUAUUAGAUUAUCAGCUAGCAAAAAGAUUGUGCAUGUUUACAGAAGAUGGAGUUGGAUGAAAUAAUCAGAGAAAAGAGAAGGGGUGUUGUAUUUGAUUUGUUGAGAGGUUUGUUAUGGGUUUUUGUGAAAUAAGGAGAAGAGGUUUGUUAUGGGUUUUUGUGAAAUAAGGAGAAGAUGCAAUU